AGCGCAGUGUCAUGGACUCUAUUCAGCGCAGUGUCAUGGACUCUAUAAACAUGGGUGAUUUCGUGGCUAAAGUAAUGGAGAGCUUAAAAGACGACGAGGGUCUGAUGCGUUCUUUUGGGAAUACUCGUGAUACUGGUAGACCAAGAAGUGAAAUGUGCGACGCGCAAUCAUGUCACGUGUUCAAGUCGACAGACACAGUCAGGGUUCAGCUCUUUGGUGUAAGUAAAUUCAAAACUAGUGAGAGUAAGGCGCCUGUAACCUUCGCAAGUGGUGCUACAGUGAUUUUAGACAACGAUCAUGCGUUUGUAGAGAAAGACACGCUUGUUCCAGAGGAGGAUAUCUCUGGAUUUGAACUGCAUCUCGAUAGACGUGUGUAUGCUCGUCCUGAACAGAAGAUUUUUAUCUGUCAAACUGGAAUCACGGGGAUGGGUAUCGUUACUCGAGUACUUCCAUCUCGUGGGGAACAAAUUUCUUUGGAAGAGUUGAUGCAUUAUCGUGAGACCCUCCACGGUGGACUGGCCAAAGCACUCGCAGUUCCUUUAAUCUUGCCUGGGAUGGACGCAGAACCAGUUGCUGAUGCUGGCGGUAAUCAUACACUUCCCGAAUCUUCCAUCGUUCUUAAUGGCAAUGCUAAGGACGAUGGCAGCAUUGUUAGCUACCAGUGGACACAAGUCUCAGGUCCUGCAAAUGCUUUGUUGGUGAAUGCCGACAAAGCCAAAGCAACAGCAUCGGGGCUGAUAGAGGGUCAUUACGUGUUUAUGCCGUUGUGGAAGACGAUGGAGAUAAAAAUGAACCCCCAGUUGCGCGAGCCUUCAAUGCCACUGAUCCUCAUUGUGGGAGUGGCGUUUGCUGCUGAUUGGAAAGUGGCUAAUGUCGAGAGGACUAUCGAUCUGUCAUCUCAGACGAUUUUACCAGCGUCGGCCAAAGAUAUAUACUAUAGAGAUGAGAUUGGAAACAUAUCAACAUCAGCUGUGCGACUUCGCGCUGAUUCUGUUGAUGUCGAACUGAAACCGAGUUGCAUAUUCCCGCUUUUUGGAGGAUGGCGCACUUCCUACGUUAUCGGUUAUAAUGUGCCUUCUUUCGAAUAUCUUUACAAUAGGGGCAAUAAUUAUGCGCUAAAAAUGAGAGUUCUCGACCAUAUUUUUGACAAUGCUGUGGUUGAAAAGCUUACGACGAAGAUCAUCCUGCCAGAAAUGAUAAGAAAAGCGAGGCUUAUCACACCAUACAGCAUGGAUAGAAGACCCGAUGAAGUCCGCGCUACACACUUGGACACAACUGGCAGAACAGUUAUAGUGUUGCAGAAAGAAAACCUUGUUCCAGAGCAUAUCCAGUCUUUCACUAAUUUGGAAAUUAUGUCAUACAUUUUCAGCUGUUUUACGAUUGAGUUCUCGCAAAUGAUCCGCGAACCAUUGCUCGCCACGGCAUUUUUCUUUGCACUCUUUACCGUUGUAAUUAUCUAUGUGCGGUUCGAUUUCACAAUCGUUGCGGAUCCGGCACGUGAAGCACGCGAACGUAUCUUGGGAAAGGGAGCAGAUGAGGAGCGCAAUUUACGACGAGCAUCUCUAGCACUGGCUCAUCAAAAUAACAAAUUCAAUCUUGGCGCUGUUCCCGAUGACAUCAGUGGAGAAAAUUCGUUCUUCAUAUAUGCAAGCAAAUAA